CCGAUGUUCAGCGUAGAGAGAGAGAGAUUCGUGAUACUUGUACAUUCCGAUUACCUCAACAGAUUGCGGUCUCACUUACAAGCAAUAGGAAGACAUUCAAAGUGUUCUUGAAAAUACAUUCGUAGUCGUAGUGCAAAAUAAAGAUGACGCGUUUCUGUUUUAGAGUGCUCACAGUAAUUCUCUGUGUCGACUAUACAAUUGCUGCAAAUAAGGAGAUUGGGAAAAAGACGCUCAAUGACUUGGGUUACGAUGAAGCCUGGGAGGAAAUGUCUCCAAUAAGACAAGCGAUGGCCUUCGCAAAAGCCGACGAAAAAAUAAAACGCUUGGAAGAGACGGUAAUUCAAGUUGGCGUCGUAGAUUUUAUCCGUCGACUAUUAGAGAAUUUUAUAAUUAAAUUUUGCAAACAAAAUGAUAAAGUAAAGCAAGCAGCCAAUGCGCUAGAUGAUCCGGAUGAAAAUUUGAUCCCCACUCGUCUCACCAGGGCGAGAGAUGAAGGCCAAACCAAAGUUGAACGCGAUUCCGCUAGAAGAUACAUUGAAACAUUUAAGUUCGUAUACCGCCAAUUAUUGGCAAUUUUAGAAAACUAUGACGAAUCAGAGAACGAAGACAUCGCGUUAUUCAAGAAAUCUUUGCGGAAGUACGGAAUUCAAACAAAUAAAGACGCUGCUUUGGCUGGAGCCAUAUUGAAUUCCGAAUUAUCACACCGUAUCCAUAACGUAGACCUGGGAACAAACGUGAACUGGAACGACAAAGAUGCGGUGAUUGCUGGUUUAAAAUUUUGGGGCAUCGAUGAAGCUAAUGUUAUCUCGGUAGCUUCAGCUCUACAUGAUUUACGACGAUGAUUUCCAUUUCCGUUUUUAUCUUUAUUAUUUUCAUUUUGGCGUUGAUAUUGGAUUAUAGUGGGGUAGGUAUGCAGAUCAAUUGAGACCUCGGGUGUUUUUGAAAAUGAAUAGGUAAUGUUUUUUUGUGCAAAAUUUAAAUUAUUCAAAAUGACUUUUAUGUUUUUUGAUUUUUUUUUUCAAUUGUGAAUAAACUUGAAGAUGCAGUCGACCGGUACGUGCGGCGGCAUAUCCCCGCGUGUUUCUUUUUAAAAUAAUCAUUCAAAAAAAUAAAAUAGCCCAAAAAUCGUCCUUUUUGACUCUGGAGAGAUGAGGUCAAAUAUAGGGUUAGAAGGUUGAAAUCAGAAAAAAAGCACUUGAGUGGCACCAUCCCAUUGUAUGCUGGAGAUUGUGGCUCCCUAGGUCAAUUUUAGGGGCGAGGUGCGGUCGAUGAUCGGGUAAAAUAGGGCUAAAUUAAGGUUUUUUCCACCUUAAAUAAGGUGAGGAUGACCUAGGAAUCUGAAAUUUGGAUAUGUUGAAUACAAUGAUGAUACUCAUCAAUGGUAUGAUUUUGGACCCUUUUCAUUUAUUUGGGGCCAAAUUAUGCUUCUCCAAAAAAAUUACCUUUCUGUAGUUUUCAACUUUGACCCUCCCAACUCCAGGGGUCAAAUAAACCUCGCGAGAAAACUCUAUUUCCCAAGUUUCACUUUAUUUGAUCAAUAAAAAUAGGUUCUAGGUCAUAAAAUGCGGUGCUGAAACUUACAAAUACUUAUAUAUGUGCUUGGCCUACCGGAAUAGGUAUCCCGUUUUUUUUUUCUUUUUUUUUUUACAAAACUUUGACUAAAAAAUAAAAAUUGAAAGAGGGGCACUUUGGUGAGAUUUAUAGACGUUUCUAUAAAAGUUACAACCAUGGCUUCUCGUUAUGUUAAUGUUAUCUACUUAAUAAAACUCAAUCGUUCAUUCAUUCUUCAUUAAAUAGAUUGUAUCUUUCAAUUCUUUCAAUUUUGGGAACACAUUCGGAAUUUUAAACAACCAAAAAGCGCAAGUGGGUAAAAAGUAAGCUUCUACUAAAAAGCGCAUCUGACCAAAAAAAAAAAUCAAAAAAAUCGAGAGAAAAGUGCAUCUGGUAUAGAGCCAUUCUCCGUGUAGUUACAUAAAUAGAUUAAGAUAUUAUGUAGGUACAUUUAAUUAUUGUACAGAGUUUUUCUAUUUGUAAGUAGUAUUUCGCAUUAAAUAAAGUUAAAGCUGAA